AUGGAUACGCUGGACGGAGAAACUCAGACGCUAUGUAUUGCCCAGCCUCUUGCGUUGAUAUCGCAUGCGUACCAGAUCUCCAAUCAAUUCGCGUCCUUCCUGAGUCGGCUUCACGCCGAGAACCCGUCCUCGGUUGAGAGGCCGUGGCGUGUGUGUCUUUACAGUGACGAGGUCACGCCUGCCAACCCAUUGGCAGUGGAUCAGAAAAAGAAAGUGCAAGUGAUGUAUUUUUCUCUAUUAGAAUUUGGAGCUGCAGCCCUUUGUAGAGAGGACUUGUGGUUUCUCGUGGCGCAAAAGCGCAGUCGCGACGUAAUGAAAGUGAAAGGUGGCAUGGCUCAGAUGUUCGGAGUCGUGCUGAAACAGCUUUUCCUGGAGCCCGCUGGCAAUCUAACGACUGGGAUCGUAUUGCGGCGGCCUGGUAGUGAGCCCAUUCGCCUCUUCGCGGUGCAAGGGCCAUUCGUGCAGGACGGAGGGGCCCACAAAAGCACAUGGCAUUGCAAAGGCGAAGGAGGCACCAAGCACUGCCUACUAUGCAAGAACCUAUUUGCAGAAAAGAGCGAAAUCCACGAUGAAGAUGGGAGCGAGCUCGUCACAUGCAAUGCUAUGAAGCACAGCGACCUCGCCCUGGCAACAAGUGCAGAACUGCGAUAUGCGUGCAAUCGGCUCGCCGCGAAGCGGCACGUUGACGACCCGAAUACGUUCGCAAGGCGACAGAUGGCCUUGGGCUUCACAUUCACGUUGUACAACCUCCUGUGCGACCCGACCCUCAACAAUGUUGUGCAGCCGAGGGAGCAGCUCAUGUUCGAUUGGAUGCACUGUCUAUUCGUGGGAGGCGUUUGGGCUGUCUGUGUGAACUUAGUGUUGGAGUCAAUCAGGGCGGCAGGCAUGACCAAGAUUUACGACAGUUUGUAUGGCUACGCUAAGUUGUGA